GCCCCGCUCGGGCUGCAGGGCUGCGCCCUUCCCCUGCCGAAGCUGCGCCUCUGCCCGCACCGAGCCGCGGUGAGCGAGGCUUCUCGCCGACCGGAUCGCCCCUUUCCAGAGCCCGAGGGAGCCGACCCGCAGGAAGAGCCGGGAGCGGCCUCCCACGGCACCGCGGCCUCGCAGCCGUCUCCUUCAUCCCCGAGCGCCGGCCGCGCCGCCAUGGCAUCCUCCCCGCAGAAGUCCCCUUCUUCCCCCAAAUCUCCCACCCCGAAAUCGCCCCCGUCCAGAAAAAAGGACGACUCCUUCCUGGGCAAGCUCGGCGGCACGCUGGCGAGGAGGAAAAAAGCCAAAGAAGUAUCUGAAUUACAGGAAGAAGGAAUGAAUGCCAUUAACUUACCUCUCAGUCCGAUUCCAUUCGAACUAGACCCUGAGGACACUAUGCUAGAGGAAAAUGAAGUCCGAACAAUGGUCGAUCCAAAUUCAAGAAAUGACCCAAAAUUACAAGAACUAAUGAAGGUAUUAAUUGACUGGAUUAAUGAUGUGUUGGUAGGAGAGAGGAUUAUUGUGAAAGACUUGGCUGAAGACCUGUACGAUGGACAAGUACUGCAGAAAUUAUUUGAGAAACUUGAAAGUGAGAAGCUGAAUGUUGCUGAAGUUACUCAGUCUGAAAUUGCUCAGAAACAGAAGCUACAGACAGUGCUUGAGAAGAUCAAUGAAACGCUUAAACUCCCACCAAGAAGCAUUAAGUGGAAUGUUGACUCUGUUCAUGCUAAAAGUCUCGUAGCAAUACUUCAUCUUCUGGUUGCGUUGUCGCAAUACUUUCGAGCACCAAUCAGACUUCCAGAUCAUGUGUCCAUUCAGGUUGUUGUUGUGCAGAAACGAGAAGGAAUCCUCCAGUCUCGACAAAUCCAAGAGGAAAUAACUGGUAACACUGAGGCAUUUUCAGGAAGAUAUGAAAGAGAUGCAUUUGACACGCUAUUUGACCAUGCUCCAGACAAGCUCAAUGUAGUAAAGAAGACUCUCAUCACAUUUGUGAACAAGCAUCUCAACAAAUUGAAUUUGGAGGUCACUGAACUGGAGACCCAGUUUGCAGAUGGUGUGUACUUGGUCCUGCUAAUGGGUCUCCUAGAAGGCUAUUUUGUUCCUCUUCACAGCUUUUUCUUGACUCCUGAUAGUUUUGAACAAAAGGUCCUCAAUGUAUCCUUUGCAUUUGAGCUAAUGCAAGAUGGUGGAUUGGAAAAACCAAAGCCAAGACCAGAAGAUAUUGUAAACUGUGACUUGAAGUCUACACUGAGAGUACUGUAUAAUUUGUUUACCAAAUACAGGAAUGUGGAGUGAAGAAUUCAUUUGGAACAUAAAGAAAACAUCAUAACUAGCGCAUUUUUCACCAAUUUUCCCUGCAUCUUUACCCUAGAAGGAGCUAAACCAUUUAUCUGAAGAAUCUUUAAUUGACUACUCUUGCACAACUUUUUCCAUAGUGGGUUUAAAGCUAGGACUAUGUAAAACUAAUACAAAUUACGAAAAAAGUUUGGGGGAAGGUAUUUGGAUACCUUCUGGGAGAAUCCAUGUCUCAGUAAUAACUCUGUCUCUACAGUUUUGUAGUAGGUGGAGCAGCAAUGAAAAAAAAAAAACAUUUAUUAACUUCAGCUGUUGAAACCAAACAUAGGAAGUUUCUGCACUAAGCAUUGACUUCAGUGUUUAUUAAAUAUAUCUUUCCUAAUCUGGGGAGAGGAAGAAUACUUUGCUGUCCAGGAUAAAAUGAUUGCAUUCAAAUUCUAAGAAAUGUGCAUAUGGAGAAACAGUGAAAUACUCUUCUUCACAUCAGAGCUGAAAAGAAUAGACUUUCUCAAGCACUUAACCUGAUUAAUUUGUAUUUUCAGUGCAGUUAGGCUUGAAUUUUAUGGGUACAAACUGAAGUGGCUAUUUUUUUCUUCAGUCUUAUUAUAAUGUGAUACUCUUCUAUAAGUACUUAGUAGUGAGCAUUCCACCUAAGUGCACGUUGCAGCUUAGUUUUGUUCAUGAAGGAGAUCUUUUGUUGUUGUUGUUGUUUUUUCCCCCAAGUACACAUUUUCAGGAAAGCACACCUGUAGUAUUUUUAUUAUUAGCAUAGUAUUAGAAAGUUGGCUUAUUUUUCUUUUUCCAACUUUUAAUAGAUGGAACAUAGAAUUGCCAGGUUAUAAGUUUAGAUUUAUUACUAAAUAGAAUUUAGAAUCUAUCCCUUUGAUUUUAUGGUGAAUGAAUUUUGUUGCAUAAUGUCCACCAUAAAAAAUAAUACUUAUUUUCCAGAAACAUUCCUCUUGCCUUUCAGCUACAAAAGCACUGCUUUUACGUGGGUUGCUCUGAAAGUAAUACCUCCUAUUUAUUUCCAUGGAAACUACAACCAAUACAAAGAGCACAAUAACAGAAUCACAGAAUCUCAGUGGUUGGAAGGGACCUCAAGAGAUCAUCGAAUCCAACCUCGCUGCUAAAACAGGUACCCUACAAUAGGUUGGACAGAUAGGCAUCCAUAACACUAUUCGAUAGAGAAAAUUCUCAGCUACAAAACACUAUUUUUCAACAUAGUCAUCACCAUUAACUAUGCAUUUUUACCUGCAAUGAAUGAGAGCCUGCAUGCUGUGCUUGUAAAAAUUCUGCACCAGUGGAGUUGACCCACUGUAUCACAGCUGGUAUGAUGGUGUCAUUGCUAAGAAAAUGUGACAUGCAAUCCAUCUUUGAUCGUCUUGAACAGAUGGAAGUCAGAAUGCACCAAAUCUGGACUAUAUGGUGGGUGAGGUAGGACGGUCCAGUCAAUAUUGGCAAUGUGCUCCACAGUCUUCAAACUGGUAUGGUGCCUAGCAUUAUCGUGUUGCAAGAGAGAUUGCCAUCUUCUCUGGCCUGACCCUGGAUGUUAGAGCCUUCAGCUUAGUCGGUGUUGUAAUGUAGCUGUCAGAGUUGACUGUUUGUUCGGGUUCCAGGAAAUCUGGAAGACUCACCUCUUUCCUAUCCCAAAAGACAGUGCACAUCACUUGACUCAUGUGGACUUUUUCAUUGAUGGGGAAUUCACAUGUUGCUACUUCAUGGACUGCUGUUUUGACUCUGGCUCAUAGUGGUGACCCCUAAUCUUGUCAUAGGUAAUGAUGCAAUCCAGGAAACUGUUACCUUCAGCCUCGUAUUGGUUCACUAGGUCCUGAUGAAGCUGCAUACAAUGGUCUUUCUGUUCUUCUGUGAGCAUUCAUGGGACCUAGCUGGCACAAGCUCGGUGAUACUCCAGUGUUGCCAUCAUCAUUUUGAAUGCGUUGAAACCAGUAUUCAGCUCCGUACACGGUUCCCUGGUCACAAUCUGCUGCCUCUUGUGGAUAAGCGGAUUGAGAUGCAAGCAUCAAUGGGUGUCAGUGGGUACCAUUUUUUCCACAUGGAAUAAUUCAGUUCCCCCCCUUUGCUUCAUCCACACUUCCAUGUCAGACGCCAUUUUGUCAGACUGUCCCUCUGCUGCCACCUGUCACACACAACAAAAUAUGAUGGAAUAUUGGUGGGAAGGUUCAAUGUCUACUGCCACACCGCCAGCAUCCACCUCUGACGUCGUGGGUGAGCAUAAUAAAAUAGGAGGCAUUACUUUUGGAACAACCAUUGUAGAUCAAAACUACUCACAUCUGCAAUGACUCUGCUGCAGUGUAAGGUUGUUUGGUCAUUUUAUGUGUCUGUAAAUAAUGCUUUUUUUUUAAUCAUGGCCAACGAUAAGCUGUUAUCAGUUUUUUUUUUCAUUUUUAUCAAAGACAGGAAAGAGAAAUGAGAAUUGAUUCUUUCCGUAGACUGCUGUCAAGCAUCAGUUAUGUUUCCAUGAAGAAGCUCUAGAGGCUGCCUGACACAAGUAUAAAUCGUCAAAAACUGCACUGAUAUAAGCUGAGAAGGAAACUAAUCAUGUAUUAGACGUCUUCAUGUCAGUUCUAGCUACUGUCUUAAGAGAAGUGUUCCAGCGCACCGCGGCUUCUUGGGUUACUGGGUUACACAAUAAGGAAAAAAAAUCCUGAGGCAAAAAUUAUUGGAAAUUUGUUUAGUGUAGAAAGGAGACUUUGAAUGUCAUCCAGUUAUAGUAGAACUGCUGUAGGUGAAAGGGCAGGCAGUCUAUCAGCUCUUGAGACUGUUCAUCUGAAGAAAUGCAGUACUGGCAACUACAGUUAGUAACGGCUGUAUGUUAAUUACUAUAUAAAGCAUAACAUUUUUUUCAAUUUUCAGGGCUUUUUUUUUUUAGUUAGUGCUUUCCAGUGCAACAUUAGCUUAAAGGGAAGACAACAACUGCAUUCUGCCUUCGGUGAACAAUAACUAAUGCUAAAUAGCAAGAUGAUAUUGACUUGUGCUGGAGGGCCACAGAAGUUAUUCUGCAAAUAAAUAAACCUCAGUAAGUAAAUAUCAGCUUUUGCAAAGGGAAGUCAGUAUUUGGUUCAAAGGAUAAUACCUGGAUAUUCUCCAAACUCAGAAAUUGUGUUCUAAAUGUCUUCAUCAAAACAUUUGGUUACCUCUAUGUUUUUUAACUGAGUUUCUGAAGUUAGAAUUACAGAAAAUAACAGUUAUUUGCAUUUUCCACGAGGUUAAUUACUGGAUGUUUUUACCUCUGUGAAAAUGAACAUUUUCGUUAUAUCUUUAAUAUUUCUGAUCUUUCUGAGAAGCUAAACAAUAGGAAAUAACCAAGCAUUUUUUUGGAGGAAAAUGAGAUGGGGCUUCUCAUGUAUAAACCAGCAGCAAUUUCAACAUAAUUUACUAUUUAGCACGUAAGUUUUCCAUUUGCAGAACUAGAUAAUAGUAAUUUUAAUAGUUCAUUAACCAAUGUAUGAUGUUUUUUCUGCAGAUCCUGUUCAGUUGAAACACUCUUUCUCAUCUCAGCAGUGCCAUAAUGUUUUGAUUGUCCUUGUUUUCAGGAGUGCACUUUCUGUAAAGAGGAGAUUUAUGUAUGUAGAGCAAAAAGGUUAGGAACCAUGAAACUUUUUGCUUGAACUUGAAAAUACGUAUUCCUGUGCUAUAUUGGUAUAACUUUAUUGGAGAUUUUGAAGUCUAUUCUACCUGUAUUUUCCAACUUAAAAAUAGUAAUAAUAAUAAUAACAUAAAACUGAGAUAGAAUUGUGAAAUCCUCAUGCUGAAAUUAUGUUAUGCAGAACCAUAGAAACAUUUAACAACAUCCAACCUCUGCACAAAUUCCCGUCCUAUGUUAAGAAUUUAUGUAAGUUUAAAUUGCUAUAUAACCAAGAGAGUCCUAUGUAAAUAUAAACCCAUGUGAAAAUUUUAACACGUUCACACAAAGAGUGUAUGCUGCCGGGUAGGAGUGGGUCACUGCAUAGAUAUAACAAUGUAGAUUUAAAAAGCUAUCAGAUAAAUAUGAAUUUAAUAUACAGAUUAUAUCUAAUAUUUAUUGCUUUGAUACAGAAUAUUAUAGAAAUAUAGAGUACUACUGUAGAUAGUUGGCUCUUCAACAAUUGGUGUAGGCCAGCACCUUCCUGCGGGGAAGUAAAAUGUUAAAUUAGUUGGGCUGUAUUCUGCUGACAUCUAUGAUGCUUUUAUUCUCAUUACACAGCAGUGUAUGUCAAUGUACAAAUGGAUACAGAAUUUCCCUCGGUUUAUGUUAGGAUAGAAGUUGUUUAAGUUUUAGGUCAGUCCCAGUUUUAUUUAUGAUUAGUUUAAAAUUUGUUUAAAUAGAUCCAAAUCAGUAGAUUUAGCCAAUGUAAGUAAGAUACCAACAGUCGCCUGGGGAGGCCUGUUUCACUGAUGACUGCAGAGGGAGCCUGUAAUCUUGAGGAUGCUGUCUGGCACUUUGGCUGGGUUUCUAAUCCCAGGCCACUGCCUUAAGAGCUCACGGUGGUUUCCAGGUGUCCUCUGGCAGACCAGCGUGUUUGAGUGUUGUGCUCUGUCACAUGAAGGCCUGCAGGCAGCUGAGCCCACUGGAAACCGCAAGAUGUUAGCCUGCCUUGAGGAACAAAAAGACAGUAAAUACUUCUGUUGCUGGGGCAUCAUGAAACUGCCGAAGGAACUUGAAAUUCAUCUAUUUGCCAUCACAGCCAGGUUUGUUUUGUGGUUGGAAGUGGGCAUUCCCUCCCUAUCAGUGGAUUCUGUCAACCACACAAAACUGUUUUUUUGGUGUUUUUUUUUUCUUUUUCAAAAAGAAGCUACAGAUUCUUAGAGUAUGUCAAAAAGUUGUCAUUAAAAUGAUUAUCUAAAAUCCUACCGUUUUGUGGUCAGCACCUUCCAGGUUUCUUUCGAAGCUGACUGGCAUUUAGUUGCCAUCAAGAAGAGCCCCCAGAAAAAAAGGUAUCAAAGGAAUCCUUGUGUAAUUUCACCUGAUAAUUUCACCUCGUCAGGCUCAUGAUAGGUUUACUCUGUGUUGACAGUGGACCAACUUGCUUGUUGGCACAUAAAUCAGUGGCAUUAGAUCAACAGAGCAUUUGGUCUUUUCUGUUUAUUCAGGGGGUUACAGUAUUUGGGAAUGGUUUACAUUCAUGCAAACUAUAUUGACUGACCUAAGUGCUACUUGGUUGACCCUAGUUCUUAGUCAUUUUCAUAAAGUAUGUUUUAAAAUUUGUAUCUGUUUAAUUUUGCAAACACCUUUCUGCAGCCCAUAAUAUAAAGCAGAAUGGCUUUUAGAAAUGAUGCAGUUUAUUUCAUUAGAGAAAGAUAAAUAUGAUAUUUAAUACACUGUAUUUUAGCUUUAGGUCUAGUUUCUGUUGUUCUUGUCUUAUAAAUCAGCCAUCGUGCAUGGCCUGUGUGCACGUUAAGCUCUGAGAAAGAGAACAGUGCCUUGAAGACCUCUUGCAGGAUUUUCUGCACUGUUACCUACUAGAGUUUUAACAUAUUGAUAUGAGAAGUGUGGAUUUUCUCUUUACAGUUGAUGGCCAAAUAAAGGCAGAAUGAGUCCUUUUUAGAAAGUUGUGAUUAGUUUUAUGUAUCUUUUUUUUAAAAAAUUGUAUCACAGGAAAAAUGAAAAUAGUGGCACCAAAAUUACAAAAGUAACGUAUACCUCAACACCUACAGAUUUUCCAAAGAGCUUUUGAGUCAUUUGACAUUUCUAGGGAUAAUGUUUUGUAUUCUGAUGAUAUUUUCUGUGUGCCUAUUUCUUUUAGUAAUAAUGAGAUAUUUUCCUGUAUAAUAGUUUAAUGCUACACACUUUGCAACAAUGUUACUGUCAUUUAAAUACAAGUUUCUAAAUUUUAAGUGCAAAUACAAGAAAAAAAAAAAUAUUUGCAAGAUUUGCUUUGCAAGGUAUCUCCCAAUGAUGCUUAGUUUAAAUUAAUGUGUUGCCUUCAUCAGAAGUUAGUAGCUUUCACAGAAUAUGUUUUAUGUACUCUGUAAGUAAGCAACACUCCACUGCUCAUAUUUCCUGUGGCUUUUUUCUGAAACCUUUGUUAUCAUGCACAAUAAAAUAUCACCUGAAAAUCAA